UUAAUCAUGGAAAAAGCUCGCGAAACAGCAAUAAAUGUGCCAAACGAUUCUCAAUGUCAAACAACAUGUCGACCAGGCAAGAAAGGCCCUGAAGGUGCGAAAGGUGAUAUUGGACCGACAGGACAAAAUGGCGCCACGGGACGUCAGGGAGCUAAAGGUGAAAGUGGAACAUCGUUUAAUUGCUCACGAUAUGAUGAGUUGGCACACAAAGUUCAAAUCCUCGAAGAAAAAAAAGCUCGAGAAUUACAACCCGUAGCAGAUGGUUGGUAUCGUGUUCACAGUUACCCAUAUUGGUACAAAUUGUUACAAGUAUCGUCAGACUAUCAGACAGCCAGACAAAACUGCGAACUCAUGGGUGGCCGAUUAGCAGCGAAUGGUAUUCGGAAUCCAACCAUUCGUAGCGAUCUUCUCGACAAGUUCAUCAGAAGAACAGAAACUCCGAGCUGGAUAGGACUUGACGACCUUGAGAAACAAGACAACUGGAAAUGGUCAGACGGAGUUUCAUCAACUUCUUCUAAUACACCAUGGAGUGAAGGAGAACCAGAUGGUCAAGAUCAAAGAUGUGGGUGUAUGUGGCAUGACUAUCAGUAUAAAGUAGUAGAUUUAAAUUGUAGUUUUCAAACAUCCUAUCUUUGUGAGAAGUAAUGAAAAAAGACCUUCUGUUUUACUUAUAAUUAAUGAAAAUAAUAUUUGAAAAUUUGUGUCUAUAUUGAUCUUGAGUUUUCUGAGAAUGGCACCGUUUGAGUUUCGCAACUCCGUCGAUUUUUAUCGGAUAGUUUUUAAGUCAAUUUUAUGGUUAAUACAUGAAAUAAAAUGCAAGUUGUUUUGUUCGGGUCAUCUUUUCAAGCCUGCAUUCCAUUCAGAAAAUUGUUAUUAGCUUGUAAUAUCUAGUAUUUGUAUAUCAAGUUAUAAAUUGACUGCUAUGAUGGCUAAAGCUCAUCAGAAAUGGUUUUGUGUAUGGCGGCUAUAUUAUGUCGGCUAUAAAAGCUUUACCCUGUCGGCUGUAGUUGACCUUGGUCUGUGAUUCAUCGCAUUAAAAUAUUGUUAUUGUUGAUAAAGGACUUUAUAAACUUACAAGACUCUGUCUCUAAUAUUUAUUCUGCUUUAGUAUUCUUUAUUUGGUUUAAAGGAUUUUGCAUUGUAUAUAUGUUGGGUAUUAUAAAAAAAAGAAUACGA